AUAACCUUGCUUCAAAACGUUGGAGUUUUAUUACUGGUUUUAUAUUGUUGGUUUAUUUCGGAAAUAUAAGUUAAAAAAUAAGUGUUAAUCAUGUCGUUCUCGUUCGGAUCCACCCCAGUACCAACUCAAAAAACCGUUGCCUCUGGUUUUACUUUGCCAUCAAAUCCAAUAGUAUCUUCAACUACUGGAAUUCAAAACACAUUUGGUUCAGGAGAUAAUAAAGACCAAAGUAAACCUUCAUUAUUUGCAACUCCCUCAAGUCAGCCUGUUUCAUUUGGGUUAACUACAAAAGCCACUACAGCCCCAACAACCCUCUCCUUUGGUUUUGCUACUCCUUCGACUUUGCAGUUUGGAUCAUCAACUACAAGUACACCUGCAACAACUCCUCAAUUUGGGUUAUCGCUUCCAAAAGCUAGUGCUCCAGCCACUACUACGUUUUCACUUCUAGGAUCUGCCCCAGCCACUACUGCAGCAGCACCUACAGGUAUAUCAUUUGGUACUGCCACUACUACAGCAACAACUUCAGUUACAGGUUUAUCAUUUGGAACUUCAAUUGGGACUGCUACAACUGCAGCAACAACUUCAGCUUCAGGUUUAUCUUUUGGUCUUACAACCGCUUCUUCUACAAGUUCUGCCGCACCUACACUUUUGUCGUCAACUACAACUUCGACAACAUCAUCAGUGUCUGCAUCUGGUGCUUUGAGUAGUACAACAUCAGCACCGACCUUUGCCACCUCAUCGUUGUCUUCAACAGGCACCUUAACAUUCUCUCAACUCGAAGAUUCGAUCAACAAAUGGACCAUGGAUCUAGAAGAACAAGGAAAAUUCUUCAUCAACCAGGCUAAGCAAUUAAAUGCAUGGGAUACUUUACUUAUAUCUAAUGGAGAGAAAAUUUUAACGCUUAACAGCAGUAUCGAAAAAGUUAAACAACAACAGCAACAGUUAGACCAAGAAUUAGACUUCGUGCUGGCACAGCAAAAGGAAUUGGAGGAACUGAUUGUACCGAUAGAAAAAGAAUUGCUGGGGAUACCUGUUACGGAUAUUGACAGAAAUCAAAUGUACCAAUUUUCGGAAAUAGUCGAUUCACAAUUAAAGCAGAUGUCUGAUGAUUUGAAAGAGGUUAUUGAACACAUAAACGAAGCCAACAAAGAGGAAGAAGCGACAAAUCCACUAAGCCAAAUCAGUCGCAUAUUAAAUGCGCAUAUGAAUUCUUUACAAUGGAUCGAUAGGAGUACAGCGCAGAUUAGCUCUCAUCUAGAACAAAUUGGAAAAAUGCAAGACUCAAACAGGAGAAAUCAUUCUUUUAAUAAUUCCAUGAACUUUUAACGUUUUUAUUUUGUGUUUCUUAAUAAACGAUUAUUUGACUAUUUUUAUGUAUAAAAUAUUGCCUUAAUAAAAUUAAAAUCAAA